AUGGCCGGCCUGCAGCAUCAACAGCAGCCGCCGCACCAGCGGCAACAAGGCCCCCGGGCGUUGCCGUCCCCCGGCCCGGCUGCCCCGGCCCUCAAGCAAAUCCUCCUGCCGGGGCACCUGGCCCGGCGUGGGCUUCGCUCCUUGUCGUCCUUCCCACCGGCCACGGUGCCCCCCUCCGUGGGGGCCCAGUCCCCGGCUGGUGGCCUCCUGGCUCGCUGGUGCCGGCGUCAGCACGCGGCGCUGCUCAGCUCGGGCCGGUCGCGCAUCUCGGUGCUCCCGCGAUCCGGGGUCCUGGCUCCGAUGGGGCCGGUGGCCGGGCUCCGGACCCCGGCCGCCGGGCUGGCCCAUGCUCUCCGGCAGGUUGGCCUGCCGCCUGGCGGCUCCGGCGAGGCGCUUGCACAGCACCCGGUGCGGAGCUACAGCUCCGACGUGAGUGACAUCCGCCGGCAAAUGCGCGCCCUCCUCCAGGACCCGGCGCUGGCCCCGGAGGCGACGCAUGGUGACAUGCUGACGGCCGUGACGCCGACCGCGCCAGCUACCGGCGGCGGCGGCGGCGGCGGCGGCGGCGGCGGCGGCACGCCCCGUUCCCCCACUCCCCCUGCCUCGAGAUCACGCAUCUCCAGCGCCCUCUGGGAGGGCCCGUCCUUCCGGACUCUCGCCGGCCCGGGCGCCCCGGAGCUCGGCCAGAAGAAUGCGGCCGGCGGCAGAGAUCGCCCCGGCCCCAACAUGCAGGCGGCCCGGGCGCGGCAGCUCGACCGAGCCCGGCUCUUUCAGCAUGAGCUCCCGCAUGCGCGGCUGCAGCGUGAUCGGCAGACACUGCGGCGCGCUACCUUCUCCUCGGCGGAUGCCGGGCAAUUCCGCUUUGUCCUGGGCCCAGAGCGACGUCGGGCGUGUCCGGUUCCCCGGCGGCCGAUCCCCCCCCCGGCGGCCGUGUGGCCGGUGCCGAUGGGGGACAUCGCGGCGGCGGCCGCCGCCCGUGGCCUGGCCAAACGCUAUCAGGCCACUUGGCAGCAGGUAACCACUUCCCCCUCGGAGCAGGCCCCGGCGUCGCAUCCGGAUCUGGCCACCCUGGCGGUCUUGUCGCUGCCCAGCCAGCCGGCUAUCGGGCUGGGGAUCCCGGUCGAGCCGCUGCCCUCGGCGCCCGGCCGCUCCGGCAAGGGCCUUCACCGGGCCAUCAACAGCUGUCGGACGGCCGAGGAGUUCCGCCAGCUGGCGGCCAGUUGGCUGGCGCGCAAUCACUCCGAGAGCUGGCCCUUCCCGCCGGCUCGUCACGCGAGCCUGACCAAUGCCAUCUACAUGGCCUUUGCCUUUGACCAGUCGCCCGAAAACAUGGCCCGGUUUGCUUCCGCCAAUCGGGAGGACGCCCCCCCGGGCAUGGCGGCCACGCCGCCCUCUGCCAAGGAGCCAGGCGACCUCUUCACCGGGGACAUGGCCUUGGUGCUGGAGCUUGCCCGGCGGGGGGUGCACUUUGCGCAAGGCCGGGCGGCCCAUCCCGCGGCGGCCGCCGCUCGGGUUCUCCUGCUGCGUGGGGAAACGGCACGGGUGCGCCAGCUUCUGCGCCUGGCCCGACAGAAGGCCCUUGCUCCCGGGGGAUCGGGACAGGCGGCGGUUGCCGUGCUCGGGGUCCUGGCGGCGCGGGCCACCCUCGGGCCGGCUGCCUUCUUCGAUGAUCUCAACAUUUUGGACGUCACGGCCACCGGCCGGUCGGCCGACAUGGCCGAUCCGGAGCGCCUGAUCCAUGUGCCGGAAUCCCUGGUCCGGCACCUGCCGAUGGCCGUGCGCCGGGGCGUCCGGCUGAUCAACGUCCUGGCCGGCGAUUGUCAACAGCUCUUUGAUACGGGCCAUGCGAUGGCCGCCGGCCAGGACACCCCGGACGCCAAAUUGCCGGAGGACUGCGAGAUGGCGGUCGCCACAUUGGCCGACGGCCUGGCCGGGCUGCUGCGCCUGUCGGCCGCCGGGUCCAUGGGUCUCUCGCGCGGCCCGGCCGGCGUCCGGUCCUCGGAGCUGGUGCUUCAGUUUGGACACUGGUUGACGGAUGCCCUCUUUGCCCUGGCCGCCGAGGCCAAGCCCGGAUCGCUGCAGGGCCUGGCCGCCGCGCGGGCCAUCAACUCCUCGGUGGGUGUGGUGGCCAUGGCGCAAUUGCUGGUUGCCAGCCAGGGCCCGUAUGUCAAAUUCAGUGUCCUCGCCGAGCGGCUGCCCGAUCAUCAGGGCCCUCUGCUGGCCGGGUACAUCCGGGCGCUGACCGAGCACUUCGGUGCCAUGUCCCAGGAGGAUGGGCUCUUCUUUGGACACAUGUACGAGGCGCAGCUUGCCCUGGAUGAGGCAUGGUCCGUGGCCAGUGACCGCGGGCUCCUGGUCCCCGAUGCCUAUGGGACGAGCUUUCUCCUUCUGUCCAAGCUCGCCGGGUCGCCGCGGCACCAUCUGCACAUGCGCUUGUUGGAAACCGGCACCGGUAUCUUUGACCUGCUCCUGGACGACCUCGAGGCCGGUCUCUUGACCCCGGCCGAGGCGAACGCGGCUCUCAGUCACUUCGGGCACUUUCUGUCCAGCAUGCAACUCUUCCGGUCGGCCGAGCACCUGUUCUCCCUGGCCUUCGGCCCGGAGCGUGGGUCUGAUGUGGACCGGCACCUGCGCGCCCUGUCGCCCCACUUGCGGCAGAUCAAUCCGCCGAGCCGCUCGGGGCCCGACGACCCGAAGGUGCCGGCCCUCCCGCUGGCCGAGUUGCGCUCCCUCCGCCAGCAGCUGGCCAAUGAGUAUAACCACAAUGUGUACAUGGUCCCCGGGGCCCCGGCCCCGGAGCUGCCCCUGGCCCGGCCGGAGGAGCUCCAGGGCAUUGUCCCCCGCCGCCUGCAGUGUGUCCCCCCGUCCGGGGCCGUGUCCUCGCAGUGGCACCAAAAUGCCGGCGGCUGCUGGUCGGACAGUUUGGUGGCCACCUCGGGCGGCGGUGCGACCGAUGCCCCGGAGGCAGCCGGUGUGCCGGAUAAUGCCUGGUCUCGGCGCCGGCAGGAAUUGACCCCGAUGACCGCGGCGGGGGCCUCUCUGCCGAUCCCGGCCUGGUCGAUGGCUCUGCCGGCCGAGGCCGGCCUCUCGGGCCACUGUGCAUGGAUCCUGGCCGCGGCGUCGCACAUGCCGGCCCCAUCCUGGAGCACGGACAUCCUGUUGGUGGAAACCCUCCGGUCGGCGGCGGCCACGCGCCUGGUCCUGGCACGGCUGAACCACGCGAUGGAGCUCUUCUGCCAGCCGGAUCAUCCGGCUGACAUCGCGGCCAUCGAUGAUCCGACUGGCGGCGGCUUGGCAGCCGGGGCCCUGCUGGAUCGGGGCACCGCUGCCGACCUGCUGCCUCUAUACGAAGCAGCCACUACGGCCCUUGCGGCCAUCGAACAGCGAACCACCAGCUUCAUCUCCACCAAGCUGGGCCGGGCGUCCACCCUAUAUCCCCACGCGCGCAAUGCCCUCACCUUCGACAAGGCCCCGCUCGAGGUUUUCCUCGGCCGGGAUUACCGGAUCUCCAUUCAUCAGCACAUUGCCGCUCGCGCGGCGUCCCUGACCUCGUCCUUCGACUUCCGCUCGCGCGAUGCGGUGGCCGCCAAUCUGGCGGCUCUGACCCCCGGCUCGUCGGGGCCCGCCUUCCGGGACUCCCCACUCACGGCGGCCGAAUUCCUGUCACGCUUCGUGGUCAAUGACCUGGAGGAGGCCCCGCCCUACAUGCCGCUGUACCUCAAGUGGCACCCCUUCAGCGAGGAGCUGGGCACCCCGCCGGAGCCAGCCUUCCUCCCGGCCCCGGUGACCAAUCCCUACCUGGCACACUUUGAGCAGCCACUCAUGCAUGAGCUUCGCCAGCUUGUGGCCAUGUCUGACAGCUCGCCGGCCGCCAGCACGGUGCCGGCUGUGGCGCCCAGCCGGCCGCACUGGUCGGCUCCGGCCGCACAACUGCUGUCCGGGGACUUGCUGGUCACCCGGGACCUGGGUGUCCGGGGGGACCAGCUCCAUGCGGAUCUCAUCCAAUUCGCCGGUCUGGACCACCUGCCGCCUCUGGAGCGUGUCAGGCGCGAGGCCCUCUUCCGACCGAUGGUCGAUGGUGCGCUGAUGACUCGGAUGGGUCCGUCAGACGCUCUUGGCGGCCAGGCCGCUUGGCAGGAGCGCUUCGGGUUCCACAUGAACUUCCGCUCGGUCGGCCGGCGGCUGGAUGACAUCCUGUCCUUCGAGGACCCGGAAGAUGCGCAGUUCAUCACCAGUGGCAACCCGACCCUUGGAGGCUUGAACAUCAGCGGCACCAAGCGGCAGAUCGGCCGGCUGGCCAUCGAAGAGGCGAGCCGAAGCUCGCGCGAAGUCCGGAGACCAGGCGCCGGCCAUGCCUCUCCGGACAUGGGGUUCCUACAUGUGGCCCGGCGUGUGACUCCUCCCUUGCCAGUCCUCCGGAGUUUGGCCAACCUCCAUGGCCAGGCGGGCAAUGUCGAUGAGAUGUUUGCCCUGUUUGGACACUUCUUCGCCGACUACCUGGACACCAGCCAGGUAGCCGUGCACCGGCGGCGAACGUUGCAGCAUCUUCAGAAGAGCGCCCUGCUGGCGCUGAUGCAGUCGUCGGCGCGCGCACGCUAUGCGCACUUCUCCCGCUCGGCGGGCAUGGCCCUGACCGGGAGUCCGAUGAGUGUCCCUCUGCCGGCCAAGGCCAUGUUGCCUGGCGGAAUGGACCCCCCCAUGUCGCAGGGUGCUGCCUCCUCCAGCGGGACUUCCUCGUUGGAGGAUCUGGUCGACACGGCCAUCGGGGCUUACUCCAUGGCACGGAUGUCCACCCGACCGGUGCAUGUUCCCGGGCAUCCGGGUGAUCAAUUUGAUUGGCAACAGCGGCAGCUCCAGCAGCCGCACGCAUGGAACCACCCCAUGCAGCCGGGCCAGGAAGCCGCCAGCAUCAGCCGGCCCCCGGUAUCACCCUUCGCCGAUCAGGACUUGCCCACUGGCAGUUCGCGCUGGCUACAGGCAGCCAACCAACUAGUUCCACUCCGGUGUCGGUUCUUGCAGCGCGAGCACUUCCUCCUGUCGCUGGCCCGGCGCAUGGACCGGGUCCGACGGCCGUUGGAUGUCCAAUGGUCGGCGGACCUCCUGUCCCCGCCGGAAUUGGAUGACCAUCUGUUUGGCACGGACCCCCAUGACCAGGUGCAGAUCCCGGGCUUCGAGCGUUUCCAGCCGCCGGUUGCCAUGCCGGCCGACCUGGCCGCCGGGAAGUCCGCCCGGGCUCGGCACCUGUAUGGGCUGCUGUGGUAUUUGCACACCCUGUCGGAGCAAUGCCAGCCCGACAUGUCGGUUCUCCUGGGCGAGCGUUUCCCCCUGCGGCCCGGAAGAGCCACCUUGGCCAGCCUGGUGCUGGCUCUCGGGCCCACGGUGCUGGACCAGGUCCCGGAGGCCUCGGCCUUCGGAGGCAGCAGUACCAGCGCCUAUCGGCCGCACCUGCUGGGCCUGGUCCAGGGGCUGGUCAGGCCCCCGGUGGAUACCGGGCUGCUGCACACCGCCCUGCAGGUGGCCACCGAGUCCGGCGACCAGGAAAUGCAAGCCGAGUUGAGCCGCUGUGUGGGGGCUCUGGCCCGGUAUGCCGAAGUGUAUGCUGACAUUUUUGCCGCCUUCGAUCCAAAGGAUCCCUGCUGGCGUGCCGCCUCGCUGGCCUUCGCCGAAGCGCACCGGAUCUUCCGGCUGGAGUUGCUCCAGCAGCAGCCAGCCACCGAGGUCUCAUCCAUUCUUUGAAGGCC